AUGCGCCUGCUCUUUGUCGCCGCUGCCUUCCCUCUCAUCUCUGCCUACGAUCUCCACGUCCCUACGCCUAAUGAUGAAGUAGUCGUCGUGGCGAGUACUACAAACGAACAUACUCCAGAUGCGGGCAAGUCGAUCUAUUCUGCUCCCCCGGUCAUCAAACCAGGCGAGUGCACGAAACCUGCCGUUCGCCGAGAAUGGCGCACCUUGAGCAAUGGCGACAAGAAGGCAUGGAUUGAUGCAUUGAAGUGCGCCGGUAAUCUACCUCAUUCGGAUGCACUCUACAAGACUCGACUCUCCGGGGGUAUCCCACUGAUCAAUGAGACUUCAUCGCACUACGAUGACUGGACUUACGCGCAUACUGACACGUACACCAAGUCUCAAGUCACAGCACUCUUCUUCCCGUGGCAUCGCUGGUACCUUGAUUCCUUCGAGCGCGUUCUCAAGACUCGUUGCAACUUCAACGGCACAAUGCCGUACUGGAACUGGUCUUUGGACGUCGCCGACCUUUCCAAGUCUCCUAUCUUCGACUCUGAUCCAGUGUACGGUCUAGGAACAUGGGGAGCCGAAGCCAACGACUGGCACGUAACUGACGGCGCUUUUAAUGAAACCAUCCGCGCAUACCCUGUCCCCCACACAAUCCGUCGACAAUGGACGCCACAACCAUUCGACGAGAAUGUGUUGUUCCCGCUCGAGUAUCCCAACAAACAGGCUUGGGCGAACGAAACCGCCACCCACGUCAAAAUCCAGGCGAUUAUUGACGGCAAUCGUGGUGAUUCGGAUAUGUUUUUUGCCGAUAUCGAAGGCGUUCGAGAACAAGGAGUUAGGAAUGCUAUACAACUAGCUGUCGGAGGUGACCUUGCGGCCCCAACUACCAAUCCUGCCGACCCCUUGUUUUGGCUACAUCACGCUAUGCUCGAUCGAGUUUUUGCCAUGUGGCAAGCCAAAUAUCCCGAAAACGCUGGGUCCUAUUCUGGAGGUUCGAUGCAAGCUCUCACGGAGAUAGACCAAUGGCCCACCGGACUGCCACCGAUGGUCAAUACCGUAUCGCUGCUGCCGGUCUCCGGAUUGGAGGCUCACGAUGUCGCCGUAGAGCAGGUCAUGAGCAUCACCAGUAAUUACAAGAACAAAUGGACCGGCUUUUCUGGGGGAAGAUUGUGUUAUACAUACGAUAACAUGCUGUACGCGUAG